AUGAUGGUGAGGAUUCUGUUACCUUACCUCAAGAUCAUUUCUCUUUUCUCCACAGAGACACCCCAACCAGUGAUUUCCCUCCAUCCUCCAUGGACAACAGUCUUCCAAGGAGAGAGUGUGAAUCUGACUUGCCAUGGAUAUCACUUCUAUGCACCAGGGGAAACAACUUGGUACCUUUGGGAUUCUGAGAAAAAAACAGAACUUGAAAGCAAAAGAAACACUGUCACGGUCCGUGUUUCUGGAGAGUACAGAUGCCAGGUCCCAGGCUCAAAAUUAAGUAAGCCUGUGACCUUGUUGUUUUCCUCAGAUGACCUGAUCCUGCAGACUCCGUACUCUGUGUUUGAAGCAGACUCAGUGGUUCUGAGAUGCCGAGAAAAGACAGAAGCAGCGGUGAGAUCUGUGAAAUUACACAGGAAUGAGAAAUUUCUUGCCAAUCUUAAAAAAGGCUUUGAAUACCACAUUAAGCAGGCAAGUCUGAAGGACAAUGGUUCUUAUCGCUGUAUUGGAAUUAAGAAUGGUCAUCACCUUGUCAGUUCAAAGGCAGUUGAACUCCAAGUCCAAGAACUCUUUCCAGAUCCUGUGCUGACAUUCAGCGCCCUCAAGCCCAUUGAAGGGAGCCCCGUGAUCCUGACCUGUAAGACUUAUCUCCCUCCACAAAGGUCAGAUGUCCAGCUCCAGUUCAACUUUCAGAGUGAUGCUCAAAUCCUAUGGUCAGGCUGGAGAAAAUCCCCAGAAUUUCAUAUCAUUUCUGUGUGGAGAAAAAAACCUGCAGCUUACUGGUGUGAGAUCCAGACACAAACUAUUUCUGUCAGGAAAAAAAGCCAGAAAUCCUACAUGUAUACGCAGAGGUCUGUGUUUCCUGUUUUCACUCUGUACACUCAUGGGGCCCGAGUUCUUGCGGGGGACAUGGUGACACUGCACUGUAAAACCCAGAGAGGCUCACACCCAAUCUUGUAUCAGUUUUUUCAUGAAGAUGAGCUUAUUAAGGAGAUAGAAGAGACUUCGAGAAAAAUAAGUUCCUCCAGCUACUCUCUGAGAGCAGAGUACUCUGGAAGCUACUACUGCACAGUCAAGAAUGAUCUGGAGGUCCAGCGCAGCAACAUUAUACAACUCUGUGUCACGGUACCUGUGUCCCCUCCUGUUCUCAGUCUGCAAAUUCCUCGGGCCCGAGCUUUUGAGGGAGACAUAGUGACGCUGCACUGUGAAACCCAAAGAGGUUCACACAACAUCAAUUACAAGUUUUACCGCAUGAAUGUCAUCCUGGAAGAUAGGACAAUUGCCUCUGGAGAAGGAGCAUUCUUCAGCUUCCACCUGACUGAAGCUCAUUCAGGUAGUUACUAUUGCACAGCCAACAAUGGCUUUGGCUCUCAGCACAGUGAAGCGGUGAACCUGUUUGUCGCUGUUCCAGUGCCUCGCCCUGUCCUCACCCUCAGGACUCCGCACGCCCAGGCUAUUGUGGGGGACUUGGUAGAGUUUCACUGUGAGGCCCAGAAAGGCUCUCCCCCAAUCCUGUACCAGUUUUACCAUGAUGAUGUCUCCCUGGGGAGCAGCUCAGCCCCCUUAGGAGGAGGAGUGUCCUUCAACCUCUCUCUGACCACAGAACAUUCCGGAAAAUACUACUGUGAGGCUGAUAAUGGCCUGGGGGCCCAGCACAGUGACAGAGUGUCACUCAAUGUCAAAGUUCCAGUCUCCCGCCCUGUCCUCACCCUCAGGACAUCCAGGGUCCAGGCUGUGGUGGGGGACAUGGUGGAGCUUCACUGUGAGGUCUGGAGUGGCUCUCCCCCGAUCCUGUACCAGUUUUAUCAUGAACAUGUCUCCCUGGGGAGCAACCCAGCCCCCGCUGGUGAAGGAGCAUCCUUUAACAUCUCUCUGAUGGCAGAACAUUCUGGAAACUUCUCCUGUGAGGCUGACAACGGUCUGGGAGCCCAGAGAAGUGAGGUAGUGACCCUCAGUGUCACAGUUCCAGUGUCUCUCCCAAUCCUCACCCUCAGGGCUCCCCAGGCCCAGACUGUGGUGGGGGAUGUGGUAGAACUUCACUGUGAGGUGCGAAGUGGCUCUUUUCCCAUCACAUACCGAUUUUACCAUGAAGACGUCAUCCUGAAAAACAGUUCAGUCAUCUCUGAAGGAGGAACAUCCUUCAAUCUCUCUCUGACAGCAGAACAUUCUGGAAACUACUCUUGCCAGGCCAUCAAUGAUGUGGGAGACCAGCUCAGUAAGGUGGUGGAAAUUUAUAUCACAGGGCUAACAGAGAACAGAAGUGGCUCUGUCACUGCAGGCGUCACAGGGGGGCUGCUCGGCAUGAUGGGCCUUGCUGCGGUGACACUUCUGCUCUAUCACUGGAUCCGGAAGAAAGCAGAAACCCCAAGGAAUCAUUCAGAGUUGAAUCCCCAAGAGCCUACCUACUCCAAUGUACCAGCCUACUUAGAGCUGCAACCAAUGUACAGCAAUGUAAAUCUUAGUGGAGGAGAUGUGGUAUACUCCGAAGUCAAGAGUAUUAAAGAGACGAAUAAACCUACAGUGGCCUCUGGACUAAGGAGUGUCAAGAAUGAGGAUUCCCCUGUAAUCUACUCCGAGGUGAAGGUGACUUCAACCCCAGCCUCCAGGAUUCAGCCCUUGGCUUCUUCAGAUCCACACAGAUGA